ACAUAGAAUAGAAAUAUUGGUGAUGAUAAAAAUACCUUCUUAAAAUGCAUAUCCAGACUUAAUUUCAGAGUGAGUGUUAGUUUGCAUUUGCAUUUAAACUGUGAUAUAGGACCGACAAAAUAUUAACCCAUAUAAGGAGACGCCUUCUUUCAAGAUUACAAAUUAUCAUAAUGGCUAAACCCUUGACUUGGAUAAAACAUAGUUUGUUAACUGAAGCUCAGCUCCUAGGUGUCACCGAACGAACGCCUAACUCAUAGAUUCUGAAUUAAGGUUGUGAGUUUUUAAAAGGAUAAGUUGCAAAGCAAGUUCCAGACUAAACGAAUCUCUUCUCAAGACCCAUUUAAAAAUGUUAAUGGUGAAAUAUUAUCUGGGUCCUAGCCAAAGAACUGAAGCCUUUGGCCUCCUAGCAACCCUUGCAGAAUCCUCCGCCAGGCUUUCAUUGUUAAGCUGCUAAUAGCUAACACGUUUGCCCAUUCUCCCUCUACUUCAUAGAAACAGCUUUUUUUUUUUAAAUCUUCUCCAGACCUGUAAGUAGGUAGGUACUUUAGGAAAAAGUGUUAAAAGUAUCCGUUCUCCUAAGUUUCAGGUCCUCAAAAAAAAUUUUAAAAAAAGUAUUGAAAAAGUGUAAAAGAUAACAUGCAACUACUCCCCAAAGAUCUUAAUUGGGAGCUACUGGCGCGGGAGGAUGUGUGUGUGUUGACAGAGGUUCCCACAAGUUCUUCCCCCACAGCUGUUUAUUCAGAUAUCAUGGGGCGCGUCAUUUACAUAAUAAAUUUUUUUUUAAAGCAGCGAGGUUGAGUCAGACCAAGCUCUGCUCCUCUCAAUUGUUGCAUUUAAACCAAUAAGGUUAGGACAAGAGACUAGCUGUGGUUUGCGUUGCAAAAACAAAACAAAACAAAAAGCCCCGAGGCUUCGUGGGCAGACCUACAAGGCUGCGCAAACAAAUCGGGGGAUGAGAUUUUGCUGUUUCUUUGUCUAGGCGUCUCAGAUGCUAUCUGCCGCUGCCGUUCGCUGGGGCGCAAAGCCGUUCCCAAACAGACCGCGGCGAGCUGAUGGCUCCGAGCUUGCGGCGAGGUAGCGAGUGUGCAGGGCCACUUCCGACUGGAAGCCUUCCUGUGGCGGUGCGCGGUGGCGGGGUCCUUCCUGGGGAAGGCGAUCGCGCUCAGUCGCUCCACAGCCCGAGCCUGCAGCAGCGCCCGGGCGCAGUCCCCGGGAGCCGGGCAAUCCCCGGCCUCUGCGCUCCGCUGCCAGCCGCGUCACAGCGCCUCUGAGAGCUCCCGGGUCCCCGUGUUCCUGCACAGCAGCCAAACUAUGUCAGGAAUGGAGGUCUGCUAACACAGAAAACUCCAAGGAGCACACUAAACCGGUGGAGGCAGCAGAUGUGAGCGCUGUGCGAACGUCUCACAGCAGUUCCGAUGUUGCUCUUUCCUCAAGUUGCAGGUCUAUGGAAAUGCAGGAUCUAACCAGCCCGCAUAGCCGACUGAGUGGUAGUAGCGAAUCCCCCAGUGGUCCCAAACUCGAUAGCUCUCAUAUAAAUAGUACUUCCAUGACUCCCAAUGGCACCGAAGUUAAAACAGAGCCAAUGAGCAGCAGUGAAAUAGCUUCAACAGCAGCAGACGGGUCUUUAGACAGUUUCUCAGGUUCAGCUCUCGGAAGCAGCAGCUUUAGUCCAAGACCAGCUCACCCGUUCUCUCCACCACAGAUUUAUCCUUCCAAUUUACCACAGGAAUGCAACAAGCCACAGCCUACGCCACGUACCCACAGCCUGGACAGCCCUAUGGAAUUUCCUCCUAUGGUGCAUUGUGGGCAGGCAUCAAGACGGAAAGUGGAUUGUCACAGUCUCAGUCACCUGGACAGACGGGAUUUCUUAGCUAUGGCACAAGCUUUGGUACCCCUCAACCUGGACAGGCACCGUACAGCUACCAGAUGCAAGGUAGCAGCUUUACCACGUCAUCAGGAUUAUAUUCAGGAAAUAAUUCACUCACCAACUCCUCCGGAUUCAACAGUUCACAGCAGGACUAUCCGUCUUAUCCCGGCUUUGGCCAGGGUCAGUACGCACAGUAUUAUAACAGCUCGCCGUAUCCAGCACACUACAUGACGAGCAGUAACACCAGCCCGACCACACCGUCCACCAAUGCCACUUACCAACUCCAGGAACCACCUUCUGGCGUCACAAGUCAGGCGGUCACAGACCCCACAGCAGAGUACAGUACAAUCCACAGUCCUUCCACACCCAUUAAAGAGACUGACUCCGAGCGGCUGCGUCGAGGUUCAGAUGGGAAGUCACGUGGCCGAGGCAGAAGAAACAAUAAUCCCUCCCCUCCCCCGGAUUCUGACCUUGAGAGAGUGUUCAUCUGGGACCUGGACGAGACCAUCAUUGUUUUCCACUCCUUGCUCACGGGGUCCUACGCCAACAGAUACGGGAGGGAUCCACCUACUUCUGUUUCCCUGGGACUACGAAUGGAAGAGAUGAUUUUCAACUUGGCAGACACACAUCUAUUUUUCAAUGACCUAGAAGAGUGUGACCAAGUCCAUAUAGAUGAUGUUUCAUCAGACGACAACGGCCAGGACCUGAGCACAUACAACUUUGGAACAGAUGGCUUUCCUGCUGCAGCCACCAGUGCUAAUUUAUGCCUGGCAACUGGUGUCCGAGGUGGUGUGGACUGGAUGCGGAAACUGGCCUUCCGCUACAGACGAGUAAAAGAGAUCUACAACACCUACAAAAACAACGUGGGAGGUCUGCUUGGCCCAGCUAAGAGGGAAGCCUGGCUCCAGCUGAGGGCUGAGAUUGAGGCACUCACAGACUCCUGGCUGACCCUGGCCCUGAAGGCCCUCUCCCUCAUCCACUCCCGGACGAACUGUGUGAAUAUUUUAGUAACAACUACGCAGCUCAUCCCAGCAUUGGCAAAAGUCCUGCUAUAUGGAUUAGGAAUUGUGUUUCCAAUAGAAAAUAUUUACAGUGCAACUAAAAUAGGAAAGGAAAGCUGUUUUGAGAGGAUAAUCCAAAGGUUUGGAAGGAAAGUGGUAUACGUUGUCAUAGGAGAUGGUGUGGAAGAAGAGCAAGGGGCAAAAAAGCAUGCUAUGCCCUUCUGGAGGGUCUCCAGUCACUCGGACCUCAUGGCACUGCAUCAUGCCUUGGAAUUAGAGUACCUGUAACAGCUUCCUGCCAACUUGACACUGCACAACUGCCCUGUGGCCAGAGAUAACCCAGCAGGCUUGUCUUCUUGUGUCAGUGCUGGACUUCAGGAUGUACCAAUUUCAGCAUAUGGAUGCAUAGCUGCUGCGGGCUUGACUGCUACCCUCGGGGUUAAUGGAGGACCAUGUGUAUUCUUCAGAACAGCUGUUGACUCUAGUACUGUGAAUCCAGUGAAAGUAAGCCAUGAGAAUGUUCUCACACAGUGUGGUGUGUCUUGGCUACAUUAACUACAUGGUUCAAACCUGUGAAGAAAAGACCUACAGACACUUUGGUUUUCGGCAAAUGUGAUACAAACAGCGUCUGUGAUCCAGCAAACUUGAUCCCACAACAAAGACUCCCACGCGUCACCUGGACAACCAUGGAGCUAUUUUAUUUUCUCAGAGGUUCACUUUUUGGUGUCCCCCACCCAGGGCAAUCUGUACUUCGCUACUUAUUUAUGAAAAAAGACUUUGAAAAAACAGAUUUGCUGAGGUAUAAUUCAUAUACCAUAUGAUUCACCAAGACAGACUUCUCGGCUUCAAAUAGUUGAAGGGACAAUAGCAUAAGAAAUAAUCAAUAAAAGGCCUUGGCCUGACAGUACAGCAAGUACUUUGAAUUUUAGCACAUUGCAAAAGUAGUUUAAAGUAUGUCUAAUUUAAAUGUGUAAAAUGUACAUCACUGAGACAAUCGUGUACAGAAGGAAUUUUUGGUGUAAAUUUGUAAUAAUGGAUGAUUCUUACACAUUCUGUUUAGGGAAUGCUAUUAUGAGGUAGAAAUGCUUUCCUAGGAAGCUUGGGCACAAACUCCUGCAGUGCCUUAUCUAAGGAUUGGGUAUAAAUAUUGUAGAUAAUGGAUCUUUUUGAUAAUGUUAUCUAAGACCAAAAGCAUGAAUGUCAAGUGUCAACAAGGAUUUUAUUUUCUUAGUCUUUUAUCCCAUUCAUUUUUCUAAUUUGUGUACGUGAGUGUGUGUGUGUGUGUGUGUGUGUGUGUGUGUGUGUGUGUAUUGGUUAGUUAGAAGGGACUUGAUAAAAAUAACAGUGGCUCACAACUUAAAAGUUUUGAAGUCUUCCUGACCACCUCCCCGACUUUCUCAUUUCAACACUAAUGUAUUAUAUGUAACUACUUGGAAAAGAAUGACUAUUCAAACACUUCAUCCCACAGAAAGAAUAUAGAUGAUAGAUAUAUUUUAUUAAUAAAAUUAACUGGAGCCUAGCAGAGUCUCCAUGCACUCAGAAUGAUUACCGUGUCUGGGAUUCUUGUUUAUAUCAACGAGGACUUUACUACAUAACUGGGUCAGCAGCACUUCUCAUCCCAUCUCUUACUCUUUCCUUCCCACCCAGACAAGGUUCAUUGCCCGAUGGUGGGUUGGUCUGGCCAUCAUCAGAAACACUAAUGUUGCUCUCUACGUAUGACAAGACAGACAUAAACCUAGAGGGUGAUGGGAGAAACACAAAAAUGAUCAUGUUUGUCAUGUUAUAAAAAAGAUUCUUCCAAACUGAUGAAUUUGUAUACGGUCAGGAGUCUUUCUCAUUGUGGUCUUUGUGUUGCCAUAAAAUUACCCUUUGGAUCAAUUUUAGUUUAUAUUAUUAAGUUAUUAAUAAUAUUAUUUAAUACUGGGGGCAGCAGGUUUGACCCAGAGUAGCAGAAAAACCACCCUACUUUUUUCUAUUCUAAAAGUCCAUGUUGCUGCUAAAAUUAGUCGUUAUAAAUUCUCUAAAUUGUUAAAAAUGAAUAAUGGAAUUAGUUUCUCCCCUGAUGCAGACAGAAAUGGCCAGUGUUGAGACCUCUUCAUUUGAUGCUGUUGUAUUCUGCAGACUGAAAAGACAGCCUUGACCUUGGCCUUACUGUAAACAGGUGUGCUGUGUCCACGAUUGUGUACAGAACUUUUUUUUUCUUCAUUAAUGUUGUGUUUAAAUUAAUAAACUUGAUUUGUGCAGUACUGUA